AUUAUCUUCACUCUUCCUUCUCUCUUACGCAUCAAUCCAUCCAUACUUACACCAUAUACGACUUCUCACAAGUAUCUCUGAUCGCAGACCAUUGCCCAUACACCGCACCCUUCCCACGUUUCCAUAGAACCAUCCAAGAUGGCCGCGGCGGAAUAUGACUAUCUCUUCAAAUUACUCCUGAUUGGGGAUUCCGGUGUGGGGAAAUCUUGUUUGCUACUUCGAUUCGCAGAUGAUACCUAUACCGACAGUUAUAUCUCUACCAUUGGGGUCGAUUUCAAAAUCCGUACAAUCGAACUGGAAGGCAAGACUGUGAAAUUACAGAUUUGGGACACUGCUGGGCAAGAACGAUUCAGGACAAUCACUUCAUCUUACUACCGCGGAGCACACGGAAUCAUCGUCGUCUACGAUGUCACGGACAGAGACACGUUUACCAAUGUCAAACAAUGGCUGCAGGAGAUUGACCGUUAUGCUGUUGAAGGGGUGAACAAGCUGUUGGUGGGUAACAAGAGCGAUUUGACCACCAAGAAAGUGGUAGAGCACAAUGAGGCGAAGUCAUUCGCCGAUGAACUCGGCAUACCCUUCCUUGAGACAUCGGCAAAGAACGCCACCAAUGUCGAGCAAGCUUUCCUGACCAUGUCGAAGCAGAUCAAGGACCGAAUGGGCUCAACAUCCAUGGCAUCUGGCUCUGGGGGCAAAUCAACCAUCAAAGGUCUCGGGCAGACUGUGGAGCAAAAGACGGCUGGCGGGUGUUGUUAGAGACUUUUUCCCUCUAGUCUUUUUUUCAUUCAGACGGUGAGAUGAGACGGAUGCCAUGCUCUUUAUUCUCCCUACGACUUGUCUCUGGCUGUAGAGGUUUGAUCUGGGUAGAUGAGACAAAUUUUGUAAUAUAAGAAAUGUCCACAUAGUCUUUUUU